CCACCAGUCUGAUAUUUUAGAUAGCCGCGCUUUCAAAAAGAAAAAAGCCAACGUAACCACAGGCGAAGUUCCCCUCCCCGGAAACCAACCAACGCUAUGAAACACCAGCCGCGUGCGUCAUCAUACAUUCAACGCAACCCACCCUCACACCGCGUUGGCACUUAAAGGCGCAAGGUGCCAUUGACAGCACAGUUGAGCCGAUGGAAACGAGGAAGGCCAGGACGAAUCUUUAGGUAUAAAGAGUCUCGGCGAUUCCAAGAUCGAAGGUUGGAAAGACAAGGACCUCGAGGCCAACAAAGAUACUUCCUUUAUCUUCUCCCCUUACACCCUCUCUUCGCCACCCACCAAGCCCAACACUGCCCUUCUCUACGCUACACGAGAAGCUAUGCAGCCCAUCCCGGUGUGGAAGCGCAAGCUCCUCGACGACGUGGUAGGAAGCUACAAGACCUGCCAGACCGAGGAAGACUUCGGCGGGUUCUUCACCACCCACCGGUCCCAGCACUCGGAUGAUAUCGAGAAGCGCCUUAGCCCGGCCAACCUCGCAAGCAUCGGUUCCAAUUUGGGCCACAGUCCCAGCAGCCAGUUCGAGACUGGCCCCCUUGAUAUCCCAAGCUCAGCCGCCUGGGUCGCAGAGUCUGCCGCGCCGACCACACCGGACGCGGAGUUCAAGAAGAUUAGUAGCGAGUUCCUCAGCGACCAUGAGAAGCAAGCCAACGACAUCAAGGCCAUGACCGAUGAGUUGAAGAAGGACCCCAAUCCCGACGCGGAGGACUGGAGGAAGAAGCUCGAGAAGAAGAGAGACGAGGUCAAGCGGGCGUCGGACAAGAUCAUUGACGACACUUUCAACAAGGCCAUCGCCACAAUUGAAACGCUGCCCGAGAGCCACCGAGCGGCGGCAGCGGAUUUGUGGACUACUAUGUCAACCGGACUUUUGGCUUUCUGGAAACAGGCCUGGGCCGCUAUCCUUUCCGUGGUGGACACGGUGGUGAAGUGGGUUGUGGAUAUGUGGGUCAAGAUCAAGGAGGCUUUCCACACCGUUGUGCAGACCUUCGCCGCCGCUUGGGAUUGGAUUAAACAUAUCGUGGCUUCGAUGGCUGCUGAGCCUGAUGCAAAUUAGCCGUCCUACUAUAGCUCCUCAGAUUAUGUGGCGCUACUGAAAUCGGAAUUCUUGAUUCGCAAGAUUCGCUCCUGGCGAGAUUUGUUCCCGGAUGACAAGAUUCGUGGGACAUGGCUGUGUACCUAGGUACCUUAGGUUUUAGUGACAACUAAGAGAGCAACUAGGAAG